AAUGCCAUCUAUAAAAUGUUCCGAAAGAAUGUAUUCGUGAAUAUCAACUAUACAAAAGAUUUUGAGGUUAGAAAUUGUAAAAAAGGGGUUUUGCCCUAUAUUUAAAUAUAAAACGAUAUAGCUAAUUAUUAGUGGAACACGACUAUUGAACAAAAUCAAAUGCAAAAAGUAAAUAAUAACGAUUUGUGAUGCUUGAACUGUGAUUCAAAAUGUGAAAUAGGAAGGUUGUAAAACGAACGUGACGUCUUGUGAGUGUGUUUCUAAAACUGUGUCAGUAGUGUUUUAAGUCCGAUAUAAAAUGGAUGAAGAGGAGAAAAAGAAUAAUAUUGGUACACCUAAACAUAAUUCCUUAAUAAAUAGUACCGGAAAACACACUUCUGUAACACAUAAUGGCGCGAAACAUAAUUCACCUAUGAUCAUCAACAAUGGCGUAAUUAUUUCGCACAACGAUUACGGCAGUAUCGUUACUGGAAGGAGAUCGCCGAAGGAUUACAUCAAUGGAAGGAUGGACCUAUCUUCUCAAAACAUUGUUCCUGGUACUUCGGGCGAGUUAUCAUCAUUGAUGAUAGGAGCAGACCAGAGGCAGCCGCUACUGCAUCCUACUAUAUCCUCAUCAUCAAAUGAAAUGAUGAUGUUGAAAAGUAAUGAAGAAGUCGAUGAUAUCGACGGCAGUGGAAAUAGAGAGUUGCUGAUAAGUGCUGGCUGUAUUGGCAAAGGAGCUUACGAAUACUUAGUUCAUCAUAGUGAUCAAGGCAACGAUAUGGCGAUCGAAAUGCCGACCUCUUAUAACAAGAAAAUACCAUCAACUAUAUCUUCGUCAUCGACAACGAUUGAAAUAACGAACACAACUUCGCCUAUAGUUGUUCGGACGGAACCACGUUUUCCCAAAGAAAAGUGGAAGACUUUUAUAGCCUUUAUAGUACUGGUAAUAAACUUCAUAAUUACCACAGUAUCUUUGGCUCUAGUACACGAGCGAGUGCCAGAUAGACAGACUUAUGGACCAUUGCCGGAUAUUAUUUUGGACGGCUUCUCAUCUUUAGAUUGGGCAUUGGAUGUCAGCGAAGUUUUGAUAAUGCUGUCAACUAAUAUGUGCAUAGUUUUAAUAUUCUUCCACAAACAUCGCUUCAUAGUGAUGCGUCGAGUGUUUCUCAUCAUGUCCAUACUUUAUCUUCUAAGAAGUUUGACCAUGUUCGUGACAGUUCUUCCUGUACCCAGCAAGACAUAUUAUUGCAGUCCCAAAGUAAAUAAUUCUUCUCCGUUUUUAGUAACAAAAAGGGUUGUCCAGUUACUCAGUGGCUUCGGUCUAUCGAUCAACGGUAAGCAUACAUUUUGCGGAGAUUAUAUUUACAGCGGCCACACGGUCAUGCUGGUUUUAGCUUGCCUAGUGAUCAGGGAAUACAGUCCAAAGAAAUUAUGGGUUAUACAUUAUUUAUCCUGGUUGAUAUCGACCAUGGGCGUCAUAAUGGUUCUUCUGGCCCACGGUCAUUACACAAUUGACGUCCUGAUUGCAUAUUACGUUACUACUAGGAUCUUCUACAUUUACCAUACGAUGGCCAAUAAUAGUGUACUGAAGCACAAAAGUACCAAUAAUUAUCUAUCGCGGGUAUUCUGGUUUAAAUUAUUUAGGUACUUUGAAAAGAACAUUGGUGGCGUGGUUCCGAAGCAGUACGAUUGGCCGCUACCAUGGCCAAGGAAAUUUCUAUCAAGGAAAUAUCCCAAUCGAGAUAGUUAGCAGAAGAAAAUACUGUUGACGAUAAUUAAGAGGGAAAAUAUAUAGAAUCUUCAAUCAUACAAUCAUAUGGGUGCUUUGUUACCAGUAAACCUAAUUUAAAAUACUAGUGAAUAAUUAAAUGUGCAAACACGUGAAUAUUUAUCGUUAUGUGUAAUUAACAUUAAUUUAGAAGCUAUGUGUUAUUUGUAUAUAGAAUUAAUGACUUAUGAUAAUGUUAAGUUUUUUUUAUAAAAUCUGAAAUCUCAAACUAAGCCUUACUUUACUUCGUUAGUAUAUUAAUAAAUAUAAAUAAAACUGAAAAUAUAUUUGGAGUUAUGAAUCAGUAAUUUAUGUGAAUGUUAUUGUCUACAUUAUUUUUUUACCACGGGUAAAAUUAUUCAAUAAUGACGUAUGUAAAUGAUGUAUUAGAUAAGAGGAAUAUAAUUUUGUUACCACACUACGGAAAAUUUGCUUUAUUUAUUAUGAGCACAUGUUAGGGGGUACAAACGGGUUUGUUUACAAAUAUUUAUCUCAAUGGUUAAAUUAUAACUUUAUACAAAAUGACAAAAAAAUUAUUUAUUGUUUCAUGGUCACAAAACAAAUAGAGUGAACAAAAUAUCUAGAAUAAUCUCAAAGUUAUAAGUUCCUAAUUUUUAUAUAUAUGCAUAUUGUUACGAGAUGUUAUAUAAUAUAUGAUGACGAUUAUUUUAAUAACACAUUGUACAAAAACUUAUCAUUCCUAAUAUAUUUUAAAUUGUGUUACUUGUUUUAAGAUUAUUUCUUAGCUGUUUUAAGCAACUAAACACCGCACGUUCAAAAUAAUUAGAUUAGUAAAAUGUUUUUGUCUUCUCACAUGUUUUUACGAGCAUAUUUGUGUAUAUCUGUAUGUGUGCGUGCGUGCGUGUAUAUUUAUAUAUUGAAACACAUGCAACAUACAGAAAUUUGUAUAUCGGGUACGUUCAUAAACGUGACGCGAUGCCAAUGUAAUUUAUAAGGAUGUACUACCCAAGAUUAAUUUAUGUGUAUUAUUGGCAAUUGAUACAUUAAAAAUUAAACUAUUCAGUACAAUACAUUUUGAUUUGGUGCCUAUAUCUUUAUUCAUGCGGACGCCAUCAAAGUUCGUAAUUCAACGCACAGUUCAUUUAUCAGCAUUGUGUUGAAUAACGGGCAAAUAUUUAAAUUAUUACUACGCCGCGUAUUCCGCUGAGAACCGUCACAAUUCUAUUUUUAUUGAUAAUGCUAAUUCACAGUUCGCCGAGAACCGCAUAAUUUUCUAAAAACAUUUUCUAAAAGUUCAGUAUCCAAGAAAAUUUGCUGCCGAUGCAGUGUAAUGAGAUGCAUCAUAAUAUUUUAAUUUUAUAAAAUAUACACACACUAUUGGUAACUGAACUGAACAUCUUUUUACAUUCGAAAGUAUUUAUGUGGAUGUGUAUAUAUACGUUGAAAUACAUCAUUUUUACAUAUAUCCAUGUACGCAUAUAUGUACACACAUUAUAUAUACACCUAUCCUUAGUUUUACACGAAAGAUACGUCCAUAAAAAAACGUGUAACUCUAAAAAUUCACUUUUAUAUGGAAAAUACGUGCUAAACGAAAAUCGCUAUAAACAGCCCCUUUUAUUAGUUUUUAAUAUGAUGAAUA